AUGUCGCAACACGCCGCAACAGCACGCAAAUCCAAAGUUCCACCACCACCAACAACUACUGGAAAUGCUGCAUCAGUUGUCGCCACCGCUUCAUCACCAAUAAUGGCCUUCAAAUGAAUAAUCCGAAUCGAGCUGAAGCACUGAACGACUUGAAUGGAUCCUAUGUAGAUCAAAUCGAUGUAGAAGAGGUGAGCAGAUUUCGAUUUAAAAAAUUUUUUUUCUGUUUCUAUUGAGAAACAAAGUCUGAAAAUUCGUAUGAUUUUGAAAAAACUGUUUUUUUUUUCAAAUAAUAAUUUAUUUUUUAGGAAACGAUCCAACAUCCGCCAACUUCUGCAAACAGGAGACAACGUGUCUUCAGCGAUUCGGAUUCAGACGUUUUUUAUGAGGACCGCGAAUCGUCACCACGCAGCCACCAAACGACGAUAAAUUCCGACAUGUUGACACAGUCGCAAUAUGAGUUAAGAGCUCGCAUUCUCCAGACGCUCGGAGUUGACAACAAUCAACAAGAAGCCCGUGUUCGAUUGCCACAUUCUUCUCAAGAAUUUCACAAAUCGCCAACUCGUGAAGUCGACGAUGAAUUGCGAGAAGUGUUGAGACGCCGAAAAUCGGGAAUUAUAAUAAAGCAAGACGAGUUUGAGGGAGAGCCUUGCCAUUCAAUAACCAUCACAAACGCUUGCUUCGGUCAUAUUUUUCACGCUGAGCGAACGGAGGACACUGUGAAAAUAUACAGAAUCAUCGCUCCGCAAAUUGUGGAAAUCGAGCACGAUGCAACCAUCGAUAUUCUACAUCGAGCACAGGCACCCGAUUUUGAUCGUGAAUGGGCUGAACGCCAACAUGCCCAAGAAAUGAUCAGGCGACCUGUGAGACGAUCGCCUUCUUGCCGUCAUCCGAGAGUUUCACGGCCAGCUGAAAAUGUGCUCAACCAAGCCCCAUAUUCUCCAACAAGAACACCAGAACCACCUGCACAACGGAUAACAUUGGAACUUUUAGCUCGUCUUGCCGAACCCAUUCGACCAGCUCGAGUGGAUCCAGUGGUUUCGCUUGUUCCAGUAGCUCCACAUGCUUCAUCGGCUUCUGUGGUUCCGGUUCCUCCGGCUCCACGUGCACAACCAGCGCAACAUUCUUCACUGGCACCACGGGUACAAUCAGCAUAACUUGGACGGCCAACUCAAAACAGAAAACGUGUCGCUGCAGUUUCUGCUUCGCCAACACAAACUGCACCACCGCCAAAAAGAACAUCGCCAAGAAACAGAAAUUCUGGAAAAAAUCGCCUCAGCAUCGAUUCAUCAAUAUUAUACGGAGUUUUUAGGAAACGGCAGGCACGCAAACGCCGUGCUAAGAGUUGCCAGAACGCAAAGUAUCGACAAUCGCCAACCUCCGCUGGACAGAGUUAGUAAAACCGAAGCCAGAUUCGAUUGCAACAGCAUCACAGACGUCCGCCAACGUCUGGAUGCUAUUAAAAACGCGUUGGAUUCCCGCAAUUAUAGUCACGCAUCGCUUGAUCUUCUUGCCAAACAUCAAACGCUUGUCAAGUCUGCACGAUCAUACGAUUCUACUCCGACACAGGCAAAGCUCCAAUCGAUAUACAAAAAAGUUGUCGAUUUAUCGGCAACUAGUGGGCUCAAAGCCCACUAAUUUCGUGAGUUUCUUUAUUUUCUAAAAUAAAAAAAAAUAAAUUUUUAUAAUUUUUAGGCCAAGGCAGGCACCAUACAUCUUCAACAACUUCCCUGGCAAUACAUCUUCAACAACUUCCCUGGUGCCAAAUAUGUAUAUAUAAAAAAAAAAGAAAUUUUUUAAAUGUAAGUUUUUUAUAACAAAAAAAAAAUCAACUUUCAAAAACUAUUUACUUUCAGAAGAACAAUUCAAUUUGGAACCCAGUUCAACAUCUCUGGUCAUAAGAAAGACAUUGCGAAGCUAUUCUGGAACUCAGUUCAACAAUUUGCCAACAUUUUGGCUGAUUAA